AUGGGUCGCCAAAGGAUUAGGAUGAUCGGAAGCGCAUUAGGGAGGGGUAGGCAAGGCAUGCAAGGGAGGGGCACUGGCGCACAAGUGGAUACAACAUUGUCUCAUAGUAGAACUAGUAGCUCAUCUCCAUCUGUUCAAUCGACCGCACAUGUAGAGGAACACAGAAACAUAUCCCUAUUAGGACCUCCCCCUGCCCCUGAACUACCUCCACGCCCUCCUCCUCCUACCCCUGCCCCUGAACCUCAACAUGAAUCUCAACCAGAAAGUAGCUCACAUCCUUCUUGUGGAAGAAAAAUAAAAGAACCUGUGAACAAAAGUCGUCUUUGGGAAUUCUUUACUCGAUGUAGGGCACCAAAUGGUGAAGUAGAUCUGGAAUGGUGCACCUGCAACACUUGUGGUACUGAGGUAUUGUGUGCAGUUAGGAGAAAUGGGACAAGUUCAAUGUGGAACCAUGUGAGGAAAUGUGAGUCACACCAAAUGUAUGGCGAAGCAAACAAGCAAACUUCUGAAUCUGAUUCUAAACAUGCCAAGCUAAACUUAAAUAAUGUGUCUGGAGGAAAACCUCAUAGGUUUAACAAACAGAGGAUUAAUGAUCUGUGUAUAGAGAUGAUAAUAAAGGAUGAACUACCCUUUAGGCAUGUGGAGAAUGAUGGUUUGAAGGCUUUUGUUAAUGAAUUACAACCGCAUUGGAUUAUAUUAAAUAGAAGGCAGGUUGCCAAGAGUGUAUUAGAUAAAUUUAAUCAUAAGAAGACAAUUUUGUUGAAUGGCUUGAAGGCAUCAGACACAAGGAUUUCAAUCACCGCAGACACUUGGACAUCGAUACAAAACAUCAACUACAUGGUUGUUACAGCUCAUUUUAUGGAUGUUGACUGGAAAUUGCACAAAAGAAUCAUAAACUUUUGUCCAAUUGUCAGUCACAAAGGUGAUGAUAUUGGUAGAGCGGUGGAGCAAUGUUUGAGGCAAUGGGAGAUCUCAAAAGUGUUUUCCAUCACUAUCGAUAAUACAUCUGCUAAUGAUGUGGCAGUGCAAUACAUGAAGAGAAGGUUGAAGGGUUACAAGACUUUGGUUAAGGAUGGUUUGAAGGAAUUGGAAAAGGGGAUUACAACAAUAUGGAAUUGUGCAAAGUAUGUUAGGAGCUCAUCUGCUAGGCUUGAUAAGUUUAGGGAGUUUGCUGGUUUGGAGCAAUGCAUGGCUAAUGCAAAUGUUCCAUUAGAUGUUAUAACAAGAUGGAACAACACAUUUCUUAUGCUGCAAGCUGCUUUGAAAUAUGAAGCUGUUUUUGGGAGGAUGGCAGAAGAAGAUGCUUUAUUUAGAAGCUAUUUUGAGGAUAAGAUUGGACCACCGAAUUAUGAAAACUGGAGGGAUGCUGAAUCGUUUUGUUUGUUUUUGAAGAAAUUUUAUGAAGCUACUAUUAAGUUGAGUGCAUGGAAAUCAGUGACUACAAACAUAUUAUUUGUGGAGAUGAUUACAUUGCAGACUGAGAUUGACAAGGCUUGUGACUCUCCUGAUCCGGUUUUGAAGAAAGUUGCUUUGUCUAUGAAGGCUAAGUUUGACAAGUAUUGGGGCAGCUUUGAGGUGGUGAACAAGGUUGUCAUGAUAGCUAAUGUUUUGGACCCAAGAUACAAGUUGCAAUGGGCUAAAGUGCCAAUGAAAAAAGUAAAAACAAGUCCCCAAGUAAUUGAAUCCAUAGAAGCUGACUUGAAGAAGGUCUUGAUGAAGAUAUAUGUCAACCUUCUAUCUAAGGGUUUUGAAAUUGCUAAGUGGUGGAAAGGCAAUGAGGCAACCUAUCCAGUGCUAUCAAAGCUGGCCAAGGAUAUAUUUGCUAUUCCUUGCUCAACAGUGGCAUCUGAAAAUGCAUUUAGUUUACGUGAUAGAGUUGUUGAUCCUUUUAGAGCAUCAUUGACACCGAGAAUGGUGGAGGCCCUUGUGUGCACUAGUGAUUGGCUAAGGGCCGAUCCACCAAACCUAUACAGGGAUCCUACUGAAGAAGACCUAAAAUUUUACUAUGAGUUAGAAGAACUUGAGAGAGAAAGUGGUUUCAAUGAUGGUCAAGUUUUUGAGGCACCAACCCCAAUAGAGCUUAUUGGAAGUUUUGGGGCUACAAUUGGGGUCACUGUUGUUGGCUUGCUGCAUACUACACCUUUCUCUCAGUUUUGUGUUUUCUUGUUUGUUAAUGGCAGAAGAACUGAAGAACUAGUGAACUACAAGGGAUGGUUGGAUGACUAG